AUGAAAUGCUCUCACCUGCAUAAUGUUGUGCAGCUCUCGCUGAUAGAGUUGUGCAAACUUAAAAAGGAUGAAUCGUGUUCAAACUGUCGAACCAAUGGGCCCAAUCUUUGGAUAUGCUUGCAAAAGAAUUGCCUGCAUAUCGGGUGUUCGGAGCAGUACAAGGACCACAGCACCAUCCAUUUCCGGGCUAAUCGGACCCACUGCAUCCACAUGAACCUUUCCUCCCAGAGGGUGUGGUGCUAUCUGUGUGAAACGGAGCUUUUCCUCACGAAACAGCAGCAGCAGCAGCACCAUCAUUUUCAGCAUCGGCGGACAUCCGUCGUGAGCAACGAUUCUAGCGAAGCAAGCCGCUAUUCGUCCGUCAACAACGAUAAGUUAAUCGUGCACGCGGACAAGCUGAUAUCAGGUGCAUCAGCGGCAGCUGGGUAUAGCGGUACGACGACGGGCGAUUCCUGUGAUAGCAGUGGUGAAGAGGACGAUUUUGACAAGCACGGCAAAUGGAAUGGACUGGUUGGUUUGCAAAACCUCGCCAACACAUGCUACAUGAAUGCAGCUCUCCAAGCGCUGAGCAACAGUCCUCCCUUAACGGGCUACUUCCUAGACUGCGGGGCCAUUUUAGAGACGGAUUUGCUCGGAGGUACGAACCCGGCAUUAACCAAGCCAGGAUUGGCAAAGCACUAUCACAAGUUGAUACGGGAGAUGUGGUGCAAAAAUCGCCGAUACGUAGUACCUAGUGGCAUACUGUGUGGGAUUCGCAUUGUGCAUCCGAUGUUCCGUGGGUACCAGCAGCAUGAUACGCAGGAGUUUUUGCGUUGCUUCAUGGAUCAGUUGCAUGAAGAGCUUAAAGAGGUCAUCGCGCCACCACCGCCUGAUGUGCUGCCCAGCGGUGCACCUGAAGAGCAAGAAAACCUUUCGGAUGAACACCCAUCACCGUGCUCGUCACCUUCGCCGUCGCAAUCCGAAGGCGAAUACGAAACGUGCGACAGUGGCGUAUCGGAGCGUUCAAGUCUCUCGGACGAUCAACUGUUCCCCGUAGAUGUGUUAGUGAGCAAGCGCUUUCGAAAGCUAUCGACGCGGUCGUCUAGUCCUCAUGGAUCGGGACUUGGCAAUUCCAUCGGUGGGGAGAACCCGGCUAACCAAAGAAUGGCAUCAUACUCCAUGCGGCAACAAUCGCCGGUAAGCAGCAAUCGAUCGAACGCUAGUAGCGUGUCUUCUGGCAGCGCAACCAUUCUCCAACCCAACAGCUCUUGCGUUGGAGGUGGUGGCCCGGGUGGUGGAGGUGGCGGUGGUGCAGGGGAACCUGCUAACGAAAUCACGGGAAAGGAGAAGCUCCCACAGCGUUCGAUCAUUAGCGAUAUUUUCGACGGAAAGCUGCUCUCGUCAGUGCAGUGUCUAACAUGCGAUCGAGUAUCGACACGUGAGGAAACAUUUCAGGAUCUCUCACUACCGAUUCCUGGCAAGGAUCACCUGGCUGUGUUGCAUCAAACACAGGGAAUGAGCGUUUCGUCGGGAUCUGGACCGGGUCUUUCGUCGCACUCGGUAGGAGUUGGAAAUUCGGUCACAUCCGUGAGUGGCCUUGGAACAGGAUCGAGUGGGGGUCCCAGUACGGGUUCCAGCAGUGGCAUUACUUGUUCCGACGCGGUCUACGCGGUCAACGGCGAAAGCUGGAUGUCGUGGUUUUGGAAUUUAACUCUCGUGAGCUGGAUGCGGUCGUGGUUCUGGGGACCGGCAGUUACACUACACGAUUGUAUGGCGGCAUUUUUUAGCGCCGAUGAGUUAAAAGGAGACAACAUGUACAGUUGUGAGCGUUGCAACAAGCUUCGAAACGGCGUCAAAUACUCACGCGUACUAGCUCUGCCCGAGAUGCUAUGUGUGCAUUUGAAACGCUUCCGGCACGAUUUGUCAUAUAGCUCGAAAAUUUCCAGCCCGGUCCACUUUCCUUUGUACGGUCUGAACAUGCAGCCGUUUCUGCAUAAGGACUGCAAGUCUGAGGUUGCUAUCUACGAUCUGUGUGCGGUGAUCUGUCAUCAUGGCACGGUAGGUGGGGGCCACUAUACGAGCUUUGCGAAGCACGACCCGACUGACAAGUGGUUUGAGUUCGAUGACCAACUCGUCACCCAAGUUACACCCGAACACGUGCAAAGUUGUGAGGCGUAUGUGUUGUUCUAUCGGAAAAAUAAUGCCAAGAUGGCAACAGUGCGAGCGCAAGCUAGUAACCUCCUGACGAUGCAGGAGCACGCAUCUGACAUACGAUUCUACGUUUCACGGAAUUGGCUCCACCGGUUUAAUACGUUUGCCGAACCGGGUCCGAUCGAUAACUGGACGCUGCUCUGCCCGCAUGGUUCCUUCCCGCCGAAUAAAGCAUCGCACUUCUCCAAACUGGUUGUCCCGUUCCCGCAGGCAUUGUGGGAUUUUUUGUACAAAAAGUUUGGAGGUGGACCGGUGUGCAAUCACAUCUUUCCAUGCCACAUUUGCAAGAAAGCCGCCGAAACGCUAUCAAGAAGACAGCGCUAUGAGUUGGAAACAUUUACCGCUCACAACGAUGAUUUUCAAUUUAAUGAUACACCUACCACGAUUUAUGCCAUUUCGAUGGCUUGGUUCCGGCAAUGGCAGUUGUUUGCACGCGGAUUAACGACGGAUGAUCCAGGACCAAUACAAAACCGGUCGAUUGCUAUUGUGGGGGACACCAGUGUGCCGCUGCGUAGCGUUCGUCCCUUCUCCGAUUAUGCUCAGAUUAACGCAAAUCUUUGGCACUUUUUCCACGGUAUCUACGGUGGCGGGCCGGAAAUUGUGUUACAGGGCAAUCCGGUUCCUCCGCCGAUACCCCAAGUGCCAACACAGGUAGAUGAUCAGAACAAGCAACAGCAGCAAUCCCCAAUUGUACUCCCAAAGCAACGAGAGAAUGAACCGAUGGAUGUAACGGAGGAGGAAUAUUCGCCCGAUGCACGGUCAACAGUCGUCGUCAAGCAAGUCGACAGAGACUCUGCCAUUGAAGUAACGAUUACUGAACCACCGUCAGUACAGCAUUCCAUUUCGUCUAUCAUGAAUCCGGCAAUCAUACUCAAUGAAACAUCUAGCUCUAAGCCUCAGAAGAGCGUUUCGUUCGAGGAUACCGAUGCUUACCGCGAUGAUGAAAGCAGUAGCGAAGAUCCAGCAUGCGACGAUAGUAGUUCGACACAAAAACAAACAAUUCUACCAUCCGAUCGCACGAAUCCCGUAUCAUCGAAGCGGAAAGCGCAUGCUAAAGCUUCCUCGCGCCGCAAUGACAUUUCGGGCAAAGCGUUUUCACUACCCGAAGCGAUUAAACGCAAGCAAUAUCAGACAGCUUCGUCUAGUUUGAAGCACACAACGACGGAGACCAGUUCGUAUCCUCAUACGAACGGAGGCAACUUGGGAAGUACAACGGCUCCUACGCCAACAACGACCGUUCACGGUGUAGACCAUUUGGGAAUCGGAACCAGAAAAGAUCGUCGAUAUAGAGACAGCUUUUUGAAAGCUAAUGGAUUUUUUGGGCCCGAAGGCAAAUAUCAAAGUUCAUCCAAUGAAUAUGCAAACGGUGCAAUGGAAGGAGACGGGAAUUCUUCCCAUCACAACGAUGUCAAUGCCGGAAUGAGUUCAAACGGACGUCCCAUAGUCAGUUCAUCUUCUGUUCCCACUUUCAUCGGACAGUCAGAUGAAACGACGUCGGUCGUCGGGGACGCUGGGAAAGCAAACGUAGAUGAAUUGACUCCUAUGCUAACGCAUUCACAUUCCGCGGAUGCUGCUGCAAACACUAACGUGUACGAAGCAACCGCAGAUAUGCAGGAUGAUGAAAAUAGCAGCAAAAACGGUAGCGUAUCGGUGCCCUCAACAACUUCCAGUGCCAAAUCGUAUAAUCAGCAGCGCAAGGGCCACCACCGGAAUGUGACAAAUGUUGACAACACGUCAGAUGCUCUAUCCGGCGCAAUGGCGGAGAAGGUUUUGGAAGGAAUGUCUUUCGGUCGACGAAAGAUGAAGUACAUGAAAAAGCUAGCUGGCCGGGCUAAUACCAGCGGAGGGCGGGGUCGUAAUGGGGCGGUGUUUGAUGAAAAUAAUGCUGACGGAGGCACCGUGCUGCCGUUGGCAAUUAAUGGGAUUGGGGAGCAGGGCGUGAAAGGUGAGGGAAUCAAAUGAGAACGGUUGCGCCGUUUCCGCUUUCCAUCGUUUCGAUGAAUGUAUAUCGUACAGCGACGGAAACAAUGGAGCUCGGAAACUGCCCGCGCCUUAGCUAGUUUCGUUUUUGUUCUGGUAAUAUGCUUUUAUGUUAGGUUACCUGGUGACGGAGAAAUGUUUCUGGUGUUUGUUGAAUAAUAAUUCCAUUCAUACAUGCAUUCUCUAGCACAUGCGUUGCAGGUCCUUGUUGGGUUACUAUGUUUUCUCGUAUAUGCACCAUCCUGGAUGAAGAUGCAAUAUCGAUGGUGCUUAGGUUUAAGGCAGGGAAGACGAAGGAGCUCUGUUAUUUAUAAUUAUCUAAGUAGUGGUUAACGUUCUCGAACGAAUGGUUGCUAGGAGUACACUCCUAUUAUCCAGCAUCGAGGGAACUCGAAAACGUAUUGCUUGGGAAUACGCAUUGUUUGGGUUAUAAAUUAUUUGUGCUAUCCAGUUCUGUCGCUUGCUACCUUGUGAGCAAGAUUGUUUUUGUUGAUUUUGGGUGUUCUACUGGAGGAAUAUUAAGGACAAUGUACUAUGCUGAGAAGGUUAUAUGCUGUGAGCGAUGCAUACGCGAGAAGAGCGCAACAAAGGAAACCCCGAUGAAACGAGAGCAUUUUGAGUGUCAAAAAAAGUGAAGCCAAAAACUAACGUCUGCAGAAAGCGAAAUUAGGAAAAUUAUGCAAAAUCAAUUACUGAUGGAACGAUUCGUUCCGUGGAAAGUAGUUAGCCAUAAAACGGGCGUAAUGGUGCACGGAAAGGUAGUGAAAAGGAUUGACAACUCCCAUUGAACAACUUCAUUCCUCGGAGCUUGUGAUUCGGGUGUCCUGUGCAUUUGAGACCUUUGAAAUCGAUCGGUUCAAAUGCACCUCAAGAAAUGUGAAAAAAAAAUUGUUAAAAUUGGAGUGAUACUGUACCAGGGGAUCAGUAGCCGUCAUCUCCCACUGGUAACAUUAUUCGUCUACGCGAACGAAAGGUAACUGUUUCGAUUUUACAUGUUUUGUUUUGUGAUUUUAAUGGCUUCUUUUCUGAAGAUAGUUAUUUCUACUUUAAAACAGGCGGCUUUUUAGAACGUAAGGGCUCUUUCAAUAAAUCGCAUUUCAGGGGUGGUAUGUCUUAAAUCAUGGUUGAGGUUAGAGAUAGAAAAAGAACGAUUGCCUAAAAGCAAAGCAAAGGCACAUCGCCUAGCUAGUAAUACAAGACGUAAGGUAUUUGGCCAAAACAGUAUGUCCGUUGUUGGCGUUGUGAAACUGUAGCGUUUUGAUUCCAGGCACAGUUGCACGUAUUGAUACCAAUAAAUUCGCUACAAACCACAAAGUUUACCAAUUCCAAAGAAAACAAAAAAAAGCAAAUGUUUUG